AUGGAGCCCAAGUCGGGGGGCCGUUUCCCACUGGGGAAGCAGUCAUCGCUCAUGCCGCGUCGCGAGGAGAGUGCGGAGGACCUCCAGGCGGUGGAGAUGGCCGCCGGUGGUGACUCCGGUGAUGAGGAACCGGAGAUCAUGAAAGAUAUCCGGCUGAUGUACGCGGCGAACGAGGGCGACGUGGAGGGGAUCAGGGAGCUGUUGGAGGACGGGGCGAACGCCAACUUCAAGGACAUAGAUGGCCGGACAGCGCUGCACGUCGCUGCCUGUCAGGGUUUCACCGAAGUCGUGGAGCUGUUGCUCCGAAGUGGAGCGAAGGUGGACCCGAAGGACCGCUGGGGCAGCACGGUAGGCUAUGCCGUUUAUUAAUGAGAGCAUCUAUUGAGCAUCGCUAUUUUGAAAUCUGGGUGAAUUUUCGUCUUCUUACGUGUUUUCGAGGAUUCUCUCGGUGGUUCGGUGUCAAUUGUGGCAGGAUGUUGUUUGUAUGUGCUUGCAACUAUUUUGAUUAAUUCAGGACGAUGCACGUUCUUAUUCUAUGUGAUCACAAGUUUAUGUACGGUUCUUGUCUUAAAUUUCAUGAAUAUGUUCAGAUUUUCACCUAAUUUUCGAAAAGAAUUUUACCGACAUCGUUUUCUUUGUGAUCCUUAGUCAUCGUGGUGGGCCUUUGGCUUAGUCUGAAACUCAACAUAUCGGGGAGGUGAAAACGACUAGUUUGCUAGAUGAUGAAGAAAAUGGCCCGUUUAUCACUAUUAGAUGCAAAUUAGAUGCUACUUGGUUUGGAACACAACAACAUCAAGAUCGUAGCAAAAUGACGCCGAGCAGAUUGUGGCAGUGCUGACAGUCUUGGGAAUGCUACACAUGUGGCUGUGACGUGGUUGUCUAAAUUUUACCGAGAUUUCCUCCUGUGAACAUGGUGCAACUACUCCAAGCCUGUACUGAGUUGAUUGUUUCGAACCUGGGAACCUUGUCAGCAUUUACUUGAGGCAAACCCUAAAUCAGGCAUGUGGCAGUUUAGCAGUAUGUCUCACACUUGACUGUUCCUCAGAACAUUUCCUUAAUUGGCGCUGGAUUUCUUCAGUCCAGAGCCUAGUUGGACAGAGUUUGAUGGCACAACAGUGUGAAUUGAUGAAUUAUUAGUUUGCCUUCUUAUUCCUAGGAUAAUUCCUCAACUAGAAUGUGAACUAUGUUGCAAACUGAUAUGAUAGCAGCUAUUCCUAAGCGGAUAAUCGACUAGAAACUUUAUAUAAAUUGGUGAUCACUGUCAUUUAUUUUCUGAAACUACUUAUUCGGUGAUCUUCUGCCUUCCUACGUGAUAAUCCACUGUCAUAAAAGUCAUGGGAAAGGCAUCGCGUGGUAUUUAAGAUUGAUUUCGAAAAGAUGCUAUAUGCCAUAGUCUACUGGAUGUGUUGACUUGGGAUUCUAUAUUCCAGGGGAUUCCAUGGGAAAGCCGAGAUUUAAGUGAUCAACUAAGCAGUUAAUUUGGAAAGCUGUAGCUGCCUUUGAAAUUCACUAGGGCAUGGGCAAAGAGGUUCCCCUUCUCUUUCCCUUUUUUAUCCCAGUGGCUCAGUCUUUGGUUCCGUUUGUAAUAAGGCUAGAAUUGAAGGCUCUACUGAAGGAACACACAUAGGCUGUGAGAAUUUCGAGCUUACACAUCAAUAAACAGUACAGUGAUGGCACAUUCCCUUUGAAAUUAUUUAUGAGAUAAAGGUGUAUAAUUCGAAGGGGAUUCUCCUCCCAAGAAUGGCAACAUGAUUCAAAAUCAGCUUCAAUGAAUUCGAUAUAGGCAUUCAUUGAUCUACAUCAACAAUGUUUGCAGAAUUAUGCAUAUGUUCUUUUGGGCAUAUUUAUGAUCUAAUGACUAGAUCCACGUUAUGGAAAUAUAGACAAAUCAAAAUUGAACAACAUCAACAUAAAAUCCUAUCAUGAACUAAGGGGAUGGAAAUCAAGAACACCAAAAUCUGUGGGAGGAGGAUCUUAUAAAAAAAAAAAGUCAAACCUGGCCAUUUGUUAUCUGUCAGUCCUUAUGGUAUUUUAAGUACCUUUUCCAUUUUUCGGGAAGGUGGUCCAAAAGGGGAAAAAGUAGUGUAUCUGCAGCAACAGGUUAGUGUAGAUAGAAAUGAGGCAAAGACAACACCUGGUUAGUUUGGGUAAUGCAACAUGGCCUUUUUUUUUCUCUUUUUAAUAUUUAAUAGCUAUAUACUAGCACUUAUUAAAAAAAACAUAGAAUAUGCGUAAUUGGAUUAUGAGACAACCAGUGGCAUUUACUGUGGGCAAAUAUGACAAGUACAACAGACAUUGUAGUGGAUGGAAUCCUCUAAUGUCUGUGUUCCUAGAUCUCAUCAGCAUGGAGAAGUAUCUGGGUAGAACGCCUCAGGUUUUCAAGACAUCAGUUGUGGGGAAGGGUUUAUUUUCUUAGUGAUAUAUUUAUUAUUUCCAAGAAUAGGGGAAAUGAUUGCAGACAAUUUGGGAAGUUCAAGAACUCUACUUUAAGAUUUUUGCUUGUCUCGCUAGCUGAGAAACAGAGAAAUUUGUAGUCUUACAAAAACGGCCGACCAAUAAUAUCCAGCAAUGGGAAUAGCAAUCAACCGAAUGAAAUCUGGAUCUCUUUUAGUUGAAAAUUCUUGUCGCUAGACUGCCCAAAGCUUGGACUCGAAUAUCAAGAAGACAUAAAAGUCGUAGUCUUGCAAAAUGCUUAUGGACACACGAGGUUAUGUUUAUCUUCGUGGCCAUUUUUGGCGGAUACUAUUCUGAACGUUAGGAAUUCAGUGAAGCGACAUGAUGAAGUUGACUAUUUUAUAUCAGCUGGAUAGACAUAUGUAACUGUUGGUGGGAAACUCCUUUGUCAACCAUCCUAUAGUGAUCAUUCAAUGGUCGGUUGCAGAAAAGCCAGGGGAAUUUCAGAUCUACUUCACUCACAUUUAAGACAGCGUUUAGAAGGAAGUGGAUUGCUAGCGGAAUGGGCCAUAGCUGAAAAUUUGGGGCAAACCUCUAUCCAUCUUUAAGUGUUUUUCCAGCUUUUAAUGACAAUUUGCUCAAAUUUCCAAUUCUUCAGUGGUUCAUUGGUUCUUUGUUUCAAAGUAAAUAGAAUUGUGCCUCGUGGCAAUGCCAAAAAGUCAUCAGAGCAACGCCAAAAUCAUAUAUGGGUUUCAUUGACCUCUAUAAAUUGGUCAUGGAGGUGGACAAAGAAAUCACAGAUGUUAAUGGAUGGGAUAUGGUUGUUCAGAUUUUAGUAGAUAUUUGAUCUCCUUGACAGGAUUUUGAUUCCCUUCAGACACCAGCUUGGAAGAAGAAAUUUCCUCAGUAACUUUUUGUCAAUUUUUUUGAUAUCUGUGAUAGUUUUCAUCUCAUUAUCACCUGCAAUUUCAUGAAAGUUGUCUGGGCUGCAUGUGAAGUAACUUUCUUGUCUACGAAAAUGACAAUAUGUAAAAUAGCAUGAAAAUUACGGAAUAAAAUUUUCAAAUAUCGUGAGAAAACCAUACCAAACUCUAUUUACUAACAGCCUAAAAUGGACUUGCAGUAGUAUAUUUUAUAAAAAAUAUAAAAUUACGAAAUAUAGAAUUAAAAUCUCGUUUUCUUGAGUGAGAAAAGGUAUGGAUAUACCGGAUCUCAACCCCGUAAUUCAAAAAUUGAAGAAGAAAACCCUAACGUAAACAACUUUUUGUAUCUAGAGAUGUGUGGUUUCUGAUGAACUUCUGGGUCUAUUACCUUCUUGCAUUUCCAAGUUUUUUUUUAAGCAUUUCGGAGUAUCAUGACGGAGUUAUUUGUACGAUCAUGUUGCGUUUUAGUGUCAGUCUUUAGCAAUAAAUAAAUAAAUAAUUUACUCCAGAAAUUCUCAUUUUAUCUCUUUAUUGACAGCCUCUUGCUGAUGCCAUACACUAUAAACAUAAUGGUGUCAUCGUGCUAUUGGAGAGUCAUGGAGCUAAGGUUCAGGUAUAUUACAGAUCAUUCUCAUGUCAUGUAUUGUUGAAGUUUCAACGUGUUGCUGUGGACUCGAUUGAUAGAAUUGUCUGGGGAAUGUCUCCAGAUGAAAAUGGAAAAACAAUAAACAGAGAAAAACUGUUGUUUUAUUGUUUUGGUUCUUCUUGUGAUUAUUGUCAUUGUAUAGUUCCUUGUCAGUGCUGUCCAAUAAUCCUACGAAUCUUGUGAGAUGUAUUGUAAAAUAUUAUCGUUUUUGGAAACUGUAGGGCUGCUUCUAGUUUAAGUGAGCCAACCCAUUGCUUAAUUUCCUCUUGCUGUUAUCUAUGAAGGGAAUGGGUCUUCAAAAAAAAUUCUCUGUAAUGGAACAACUUUUGGUUACUUAUUGACCAUUACGGGAAAAUUCACUGUAACUUACGUUGAUGCUCUUAACUUUAAAGUUUUCGUCUGGAAAAAAAAACAAAGUUCAGUAAUUGGUUACACCGUGAAAACAGAAGCAAACUCCCAGAAGAUGUAAUUCUGGUGAAUUUCAUCAAGUUGAUAAAUCAGAUGAACGCUACUACAGGAAAUGCUUCUAACCCAUAGUUUAAUAAAAUGAUGCUUCCUGUUUCAACAAUCAUCAUACCCAAUAAUCACCAGUGAGUGUUCAAUCAGUCGUUUAAUAUUUUAAAUAUUCUCUCAUUGAUUACUUGACCUAUCAAUAAACAAUUGUUGAUGGUUGUGACCCAUUACCAUUUUGUCCAUGCGGCUGCUGUUUUAUGUUGAGUUAUGUUGUCCUUGUUUGGUAAAUCAGAUCAUACAAUGUUUGAUUCCACAACCACAGUCAUCUGAUUGUGUGCUUAACUCUCACAGUUGCAUUAUGCCGGAAUAUCCCUUUCAGUAUAUGCGUGUCCUUGUUAGGUAACAUUUAGUUUAAAAAGAGGUACUUAAGUAAAACAGAAGGCAGUCCGGGAAUACUUUUCUUAUUAUUGUGUACAGUUUUCCAUCUGUGUUUGUAUUGAGCAUGGUGGUCUUGUUAUGUAGUAGCAUGGUGGUCUUGUUAUGUAGUAUUUCUUGUACACCAAUUUUUUUAUCGGGUGUGUGUGGGGAGUGUUCCACUUUAAAUCUGUUACAUGGUUAUCCUGUACCGCUUGCUUGUUUAGUGUCCAGAUUUUCACUCUAUUUUUUCCUGAUUUCGUUAUAGCUAUUUUAGAAUGGUGAUGGAGACAAUAUUACAAAUCUCUUUCUCGUCAUUCCUUUUGUAGGUGGCUCCUAUGCUUGUUAAAAGUGCUUAUGAAGUCCCAGAGUAUGAAAUCAACCCCAGCGAACUUGAUUUUUCUAACAGCAUUGCCAUAACUAAGGUAUUUAUGCGCUAGUCAAUGUGUACUAGUGUCUGAGAAACAUAAAUUAUACUUCACUUGUUUACCUGAUGAAUCAUUAGACAAAAAAAUGAUGACACUUGAUGAUUGAGUAUCGCUUUCCGCUGGUUGAAGUGAAAUGCAACUGAAGUAUCUUUUAAUAAUUGUUGGUCUCUCAUAAUCUAGUGGGUGCCUCUGGUAGUUAAUUGAAGUCGGUUAUGUUCUGCCAUGUCUCUUUUCCAACUGAUGUUGAAUGAUUCAGAUGUUAUUAAAGUAGUGCGGUGUUAUUUUAAACUACUGUUCUACGGUCUGCUUGAAAACUAAUUUAUGAACAAAUGCCAAUGUUAUAUCAUUGUUUGAUGAGUUUAAUAUUCUCAGACUUUUUUUCAUUUUCAAAUGCAAAAGGCAAUUGUAACUAUGAAUGCAUUUCAUAGAAGCUGUAUCCUUCCGUGAGCCCUUUUGUUCCAGUUUAUCAAGUGCGCAUGCAUAUUUUCUCUGUUCUUAUUUGCUUCCAUGUUCAUGUAACCUUUUUCCUGGCUAUGCUUUUGAGAUUGACUAAUUAUCGUCCAUUGGGUGGCUAUGAUACUUUCAAAUUUUUCGUCCGAAAAACAAGUAUCCUAAAAGUGGCCGUACCAGAAUUUUGAUGAUCCAAUCCAAUCUUGGACACCAUCAGUUUGGGAAACUACGUCUCGUGUGAAGUCUGUAUUUUUCAUGUUGACUAAAUCAAAGGAAACCAUGGACAGACCUUUGUUCUAGGGGCUCCAUAUAUGCUUUUGCUUAGUUUGAAGAAGCAUUUACCUUAGGAUUGUGACAAUAAUCCAUCCUUUGGAAGACAUAUAUUGAUUUAAAGAUCAAGAUUCCAUAUUUCUAGUCAUAAGUGGAUGUAUUUGAGAAUAGCAUCCACUCAAAUGGAUGUUAUCUCUGAAAUAUUUUCGGAUGAAAACUACAUUUUCAAAGAAAAAUCCCCUUAAAUGACGAUUUUCGUCCUUUCUUUCCAUCCUUCUAACUUUAAAAAAAAAAUGAUUAAUUCCAGGGCACUUUUCAAGUUGCAUUGUGGCGUGGAAUUCAAGUUGCCGUCAAGAGGCUUCGUGAUGAAGUAAUAACUGAUGAAGAUAAAGUGUGGGUUGCUCUUCGCAAUUCAUUCCCUAUUUUAGUGCUAUUUGAUUUUUUUUGUUUUAUAUUUGACAUUUUAUCCUUUUGGCGUGGGCAUUGUAUUCCCGAUUUCGCAGAAGGGCAUUUAGAGAUGAACUUGCUCUGCUUCAGCAAAUACGUCAUCCAAAUGUUGUCCAAUUCCUGGGUGCUGUUACCCAAAGCAGUCCAAUGAUGAUCGUGACAGAAUAUCUUCCUAAGGUUCCUAAUGUUGCAACUCUUUUCCGAUUCUCAAUAUUUGACAAUAAUAUGCCGAACUGAAUGUUUAAUAUGAUAUCCCAUUGAAUUCCGUUUCCCUCUAUCUUAAUUCGCGUCACGUGUCAAAGGAUAUGCUUUACAUAAUAUUGCUUGUUAAAACAUGAGGUUAUUUUCUUGUUUUAAUAGUUUCGUUCUCUCAAGUGUGGGAAGUGAUUUAUUUACUCAAAUAGUAUGCCUUAUUCCCUUUUACCUUCUAGUUGUUUCAUUCCUUCCGUUUUACGUGCUUUUCAAAUUAUACCUUUUUCUUAUGAAAUAUUAUGUUUUCUACUCUGUGGUCAUCUAAUGAUUUUUUUUUCAAGAAAAUGUAGAUUGUUAAUUUUUUUGUGUCUGUUGUGUUUUCUAUUCUCUCCAAAUUUUUAUAACAUCUUUGGGGAAAUUGCAGCAUAUCAGAAGUGCCUAAUCCAAGUUAACAGUGAUAACACUGUUAAUUUGAUGAUUUUGUAUAAAUCAUAGGCACAUGGAGAAUAACCUCUGUCUGUCACGGAGGACAAAGGGGGAGAACGGCGGACAAUUGCCUCAGCCUUCAUUGACCUCUAAAACCCCUUAUAUAAGGAGGAAUCCUAGGCAACUGUCCCAAAAUACCCUCUGUCUUUUACAGUGUUUCCUUACGACAUAGAACUUCCAUCAGAUUUGUUUUUCUUGAAAAAUGAUAUUUUGAGGUCUAAGCCAGUAACAUGGAAACCAUUAGUUUCCUCUUUAACACUUGCGUUGACCUUCAGUUUGCUGCUGGUCUUCAGAGGUUUCAUGUUGGUGUGAAACGUUUUAUUCUGCUUAACACAUAUUUCCAGCUGAAGCCUUUCUUAAAUGUCUCCGACAAAAUGUUUGAGAGAGAUUUUAUUUUUUUUUCUCCCACUGUAACUAGGUUUCUCCAGUGUUUUCUGUUUAUCAAAUGCUUCUGAUUUUUGCUCAUUGAAAUGAUUCCUGAGAAUCAUAGCAAGAAUAAAAUACUGGCUACACAAACGACCAGUUUUACUCAUUAUCUAAGUUAAAAGACUUUCUGUUAUAAAUUGGUUGAUCUAGCGCGAAAUUAAUUCAGACAUGCUGACAAAUAGCUCUAAAAUCUUGGCCAUCAAAUUCAUUGCAUAUCCAAAACGUGGAAACAGUAGAAGGGAAAUUAUUGUUAUUGGAUGGUUUAAAUUGAUAUGGUCUUCUCUUUUUGCGAAAAUAUUCAGGGCGAUCUUCGUGAAUAUCUAAAAAGAAAGGGCGCUUUGAGGCCAGAAAUCGCAGUAAGAUUUGCUCUUGAUAUUGCGAGGUCAGUAUACGAUCGUGUCUAAUAUAAUCAUGCUAAUUUUAAUUGCUUAUUUUCCCAGAUUCUUUUUUUGAAACUUACUUUAUGGUCUCUUCUUUAAUUAUGCUCAUAUAGUAAUGUCUAAGUGCCCAAGAUGGAUAUAAUAGACAUUCAAUUAUUAAUUUUUUCAGAGGGAUGAAUUACCUGCAUGAGCAUAAGCCUGAAGCUAUCAUUCAUCGUGAUCUUGAGCCUUCGUAAGUGAUCUUGAAUAGCUUUUAAAUAUUCCUGCCUGAUACCCUUUCUCGUUUUUUUUUUAUUUCCAUUAGAGUUUCACGAUUUUUUUAAAAAAACAAACAACGAAACUACUGUGUAUCUGAAAAGGCUGAUCGUUUUUGCUUAUUCUUGCAUGAUCUGUGCGAGCAAGAUAACAGAAAUAUCUUGCGGGAUGAUUCGGCACAUCUGAAAGUCGCAGACUUCGGAGUGAGCAGAUUACUGAGAAAGUCAAUGUCGAUUAGGGAGGCUAGACCACUGUCAUGUCACGACACCUCUUGUAAGUUUUACAUACGGCCUUCCACCCAGUAUUUUUCGCUUAUUUUUCUUCUGUGAUUCAUUUAUACUGGCAAAUGCUUCUGCGAUUCUGCGGGGAAAAAAAUCUCAGUUGAUCCAGAAAAUUUUCUCUCUUUUUUUAUUUGUCAUAUCUCAUAUUGAAUUUGCUUUGCGAUAUAUUGUCUAAUACCGGUGUUCAAGUCUCAGCUGGCUAAAUUGUUUUUGAUUCUGACUAAAUCAUGCAUUCAUUUUUUAUUUAUUUUAAAUGAUCGAAUUUUUUUCCUUAUUCACUAAAAGGAAGAAUUCGAUACUAUCAUGCUAGAUUUUUUGCAUUUUGUUCGGAUAGAGGGAGUUUUUAUUAAGAAGUUAAAACGCCAAAAUCAAACUGGCUCGUUCUUGGCUUGAUUCCUUCCGUUAGAGUUUUAAAACCAUGAUUUGGGUUCUUCACCUGAGUUGACCAAACAUGGUUUAAAAAUCAUUUUUUUCUCUCUCGUUUCCUGAGCAUGGAUCUUAACAAUGUUUACUUGGUACUUUCAAAGGAAAUAUUUAUUGCUUUGCGGUUAAUAGCAAUGUUCGAUAUUUACUUUGCACUGGAUUUAUGCAUUUGCAUCAUCCUUUCUGGGAUGUCGAUGCCAUUAUUGGCUGAUUAGCGGCUUUCUAAUGUCUGCUAAGUCUCUCUCUCUCUCUCUCUCUCUCUCUCUCUCUCUCUCUCUCUCUCUCUCUCUCUCCCUGUGCUUCUUUCCCAGGCACUAAUAUUAUUCUCUUGUCCUCUAUUUGCCAGGCCGUUAUGUUGCUCCCGAAGUCUUUCUCAAUAAGGAAUAUGAUACAAAGGCCGACGUGUUCUCAUUUUCCUUAAUUCUACAGGAGGUAAUAGUGGUCGAUCGCUUCAUCUUUUACGUCUACUCUUCCUUCCAUUUUCCACCUUCAUCUGCGGAAUCUCCUGGGAUGUUGUCUGCAUAUCCACUUUUCUGAUGCAUUUAUUCAGAUAAUAAAUGCUUAAUUCCCUUAUUUUUGAAUAAAUCACCCUUUAUUAAUUUAUUUUCAACCCACUGUCUUAAAAAGUACCCUGAUUCUUUUUGAUUAUUGCGAGAAAGUCCGAUUGUUUCUAUGCUCCCACGUCAUGAAAACACGUCUGGUCCUUUAGGAUCUUGAGCGGCUCUUGAGCAUUCCUUUCUUUCUUUAUAUGGCAUUUAAAAGCUUAGGUGAUGCAGACCUCCCCAUUCCUCCCCCCCCCUCUCGGAAUGAAACACGAAGACAAAUUAGCGACUGAAUUAACCCUCCAGCCAAUCAAUUUAGAGAAUGGCCUGAAUCAGAUUUCACGAGAUUUUUCUCUUCUUUGACUAACUUGUGUAUGGAUCGAUGAUCUCAGAUGAUCGAAGGAUGUUCUCCAUUCUCGGCAAGGCGUGAAACUGACGUUCCUGGAUCAUAUGCCUCAAAGGAACGCCCUCCCUUCAGAGCUUCAGCCAGACUCUACUCACACGGACUGAAAGAGUACGUAUCAUCUCCGCUUAGCAGCAGAUAAACGGAGACUGUAGAACCCUAAUUGUUCUUUCUUUUCAAUUAGUUUUCACCGUGAUCGUUCUGGACCAGGUUGAUUGAGGAUUGCUGGCAGGAGGAUCCCGCCAAGAGGCCCACUUUCAGAUCGAUCAUCUUACGUCUGUCCUCCAUCCAGAAUCAUUUGGCCCGCAAGAAGCGCUGGAAGGUAACCUACGCUUCUUGCUGUCGCCUCUCUUUUUUUUAUUUCUUUUUUUUUGCUAUUAGGAACAUGAGAGAACGAAUUCCUUCAUACAUCAGGAUAGUAUCGGAUUAUUUCCCAGUACUAUUAGGUCUCUAAACUGUGCCGGAUCUUGCCUGGGCCUUGCUAAGCACUACCCAAGCUGGGUAUCUUUUUAUCAGGCCCAUAGUUCUGCCCCCACGAAUAAGGCCCAGAAAGCUCUACCCUGCCCAUGUAAGUUAGUUCAGCCUAGCCCUCCAUAUGAGAGACGGAGAGAGAGAGAGAGAGAGAGAGAGAGAGUCGAUCAAAGCUCAGACCCGGGGACUAGAAGCACAACUCUUUUUUUUCUUUUUUUCUUUUUUUAUUUUUUUUUAAAAUCUUCUUCUUUCUAAUUUAUUACGAGCAUUCCUCCGACCUUGUGCUAUAAGCAAAACUUCUUUCUUUUUUUUUCUCUUUUUUUUUUCCUGAAAUAGGGCGGUGGUUUUCCCCUGCAGAAGAAUAAGCCAUCGAUGGUCUCGUGGUGUUGUGGCAUCUAGUGGGGCGUUGUGAAUAAUUGAACCCAGUGCCUUUCCUUUUGUUCUUCUCUCCAGGUGAGACCCCUCAAUUGCUUGCAGAACUUCGAGGCCAUCUGGAAGAAGGAUCCCUCCGACUCCAGCAGCCGCUCCUCCCGCUCCUCCCGCUCCUCCUAG